AUCGAAACCACGAUAACGCAGAAUGUGACCGCUUGAUGAUUUCGUUCGUAAUACAGUAUUCAACGACCAAGAUUUCUGCUUUUCUGUUAUUGGUUUUCUGGAAUAUUUGGAUAAAAAAUGAAAUUUUUUAUUGUAUUGUGUGUGGUUCUUCUGGCUCUUAACAUUGUCUCAGGAAAAAAGAAGCCCGAUGAUGAAGAAAAGGCCAAAUCGCUUAAAAAAGUAUUAAAGGAAUGCCAAAAAAAUGAUGCAACUAAAAUUGAUAAUUCAGUUUUAAAAAAACUGAAAAAACACAAGCAAGUUGACCUACCUGAAAAUUACGGAGAUCACAAGCUCUGCAUUUUGAAAGGUUUGGGGUAUAUCAACGAAGAUAACACAGUAAAUGAAGAUAAUCUGAAAAAACGAGUUACCAAAAAAGCUGAAGAAGAUCAGGAUAUAGAUGCCAUUGUUUCAGAAUGCAAAGUUUCCAAAGCAACACCAAAGGAAACAGCUUUAUUUAUUGAAACUUGUUUGAACUCGCAUAGUAUUAACCUUUAAAAUAAUUACCCAAUUGAUAAAAUUAUGUAUAUAUUAUUUAUUUAGUUAAUUUUAGAAGGCUGAGUUUGAGAAGCUUAAUGCCGGUUUUCCACCAAAUGAACUGUUGAGUUUGUGUUUUGAAACAUGUUUUAAAACAAAAACAAAACUGAAUAGACCCGAGUCUGUGUUUGAGUUUCAUAUUCACCGCUUCCGAACGGGACCCGAAAAACAAAACUCCAACUGUCGCAGAACACGCUAGUCUUGAAAAUGUUUGGGAAAAGUGAGAGUUUUGUCUGAGGUUAAGUUUUGUUUUUGUUUUGUCGAUUUGGUGGAAAACCGGCAUUAGAAUACUAUUGCAACAUUAAAUUUUAAAUCAGUAGUCUUUCACAGUUUGACUCAAGAAAGUCAUAAAGUAGGUAUAUAUGAUGUUUAUUUAUUUGAUAUAGGGCCGGUUUAGUCACUUUUUGAUGAACUGUCAGAUAUGCACUCUGACGGAUAAAAACCCAAUCAGUAAUCUCAGUGGUAGGCCAGUUAUCCGCCAUUGGACGAAAUCGGACGGCUAGCGCUAGCAGACGAGAUGCAGAAGAAAGACGACACUUCGAAAUAUCAAUACUUAAUAGAAUUAUAGAACGAUAAAUUUAUAUUGCAGAUAGUUACCAGCUAGUUUAUCUGAAGAUGAACAAACCGGGCCUUAGAAUAUGUAUAGUUGCAUUUGAGUUUUAUAGAAAAUUAUUUUUGAUAAUGCUGUGUAGUUCAGCUGUAAUUAUAAUAUAUUAUAAUUUAUAUCAUACUAAAUUAAACAGAGAGUUAUAGGUAUUUGUACAAAUGUGGUCAUCAAGGCAAAUCGGGAAUAAUAAAAACAGAAUAAAAAAUAUUAUAAAAGUGAAACAAAAUUUCAUAUGUGUAUUUUAGUAAAUAUUGCAGCAAUUUAGGAGACAGAUAUACAGAUUACACAGAUACAAUUCCAAUCAACACGCGUUUAAAUGCAAUUAUUUGAAUGUAUUAAAUUUUAACGUUGAAAUUCAAAAUCAAAAACCCUAUCUAAAUUUAAUUAAAUUGGACAUUCAAUAAUGAAAUUUGAUUUUAUCGUACCCGCUAAUCCUUCCUGAUUUAAUAAAAUAAAUAUAAUAAAGUUCAGGUUUUUCAUCGAAAUUUCGUUAUGGAUUGCUUAAAGCUUAUUGUUACUAAAAGAAAUAAGAGGUUACAGAAAAUAAAACAAAAAAUUAAAUUAAAGUUUUAGAAAUUUAAUAUGUGUGACGUGUUACUUAUAUUUCUGAAAAUUGAUGAACCGUGUAAAGUUAAAGUAUAUUCGAAAUUAGACUAAUUAACUUGAGAUAGUUGCGUCCGAAGACUUUUAUCUGAUCCAAUUUUUCCCAAUCUGUGUGAGAUCUUGACGAGUUAGCUAUCUAUUUCUUGUAUACAGUGUACUUACUUAUAUUGAAUUUAUAUCAUUGGUUAUUUAUGAACUAUUUUUUAAAAAAACAUACCUACAGUAAGUACCUAUGUAACAUCAAGUUCUGUGAAAAAAAAAAAAAUAAUAUUACGACACAAAAUAUUUAUUAUAUCAUUCGAAACAUUAUUAAUGAGAAGAAAGAAGACAUUUCAUCAUGAGUAAAGCAGUAGCUUCUGGGGUUUCUUGUUUCGCUGCACAUCUAUUGAGAAUUUCUUCAACUUUGGCACUGUCUGUUAUUCUUCUACUCAUUUUUUCUUUUAGGCCUUCUCUAUUAGGUGUUCCGUCUUCUUUUAUCCACUCCAUUACCUUAGCAAUGCAUAAGGUGUGAGGUCCCAAGUUAGCUGGACGCUGACUAGCAUCUCUACCAGAUUUCAUCCAGGCCUGUAAAGCUUUCUCGUCGAUAGCGGUAUCAGUAUUUUCCUGACAUUUCUCAUUGGCAGCCUUAAUCUUUUGUUUGACUUCUUCUGGAACUUCAUCAGCCUAGAAAUGGAAAAGCAAUUAUAUCUAUAGUUGGAAGUUUGUUCAGCUUCUGCUGGCUUUAAUACACUUGAGUCAUGUUAUAGCAUCUCUUGAUUGGUUUGGUUUUUCUCACCAGAAGCUUUUAUUUUUAUUUUUUUUUUCUCGGAUCUUAUAUGUAUAAUAGUAAUAUUUAUCUAAAAAACGUUAGAACAAACACAGCUUUUCAUGACCCCUUAACUCAAGCUAUAUUUUAUAUAUGAACCAAUUAAAAAUGUAUUUAAAAAGUAAAAACUUUAUAUAGGAUAAUGAAUUUAUUAAUAGUUUUUAAAUCAAAUUACUUAAUUAUAUCAAUCUAUUUAUUUUUUGAUCAUACACUCUUAUGGUAUUCUGUCCCGAUACCAGCAGCUUAGCGAUAAUUUAAUAUCUAUAUUGUGUUGAUAUGUAUUGUUCGUAGAUUUUUAACUGACACUUGCGGUAUGAAGAGCGAGGGGGUGAAUCUUAUGGCAAAAACAGGUGUGACGUCAGGUGGCCAUUGGCGUUUUAAUGUAGGGACCCACCAGCUCACAUUCCGUCCGAGUAUCAGAUUAAAAUCGACGAACAAUAUUAUUGUGCAACAAAAUUAUUCAGAGACAAAGAUACACGUUUUCAUAAGUGCAACCCUGGAAAUUAUAUUAAUGGAGAAUUGACGAAGUUAGUGGAAGUGUCAGGUAGGUACUUACUUCAUCAAGACUGCCAGAGGUUUUCUCAAAGGGGACAAAUGGGCGUAUAGGGACAGAAAACAAGAAUGCGGCAAAUACAACCAAGUGAACUUGAAACUAUUUAAUAUAACAUUUUGUUGUUCUUUCUAAAUUUUCUUGACAAAAAUCCGUAAAAUAGAUAGAGAUCUGCAUAAAGUUGAUUUGCCUAAUGCAUUUCAACUUUUUUCUGCCUUCAAAACAAUAGAGAAUUGAGAAAAUUAUAGAUUGUAGAUACCUAUCAAAUGUAAGUCACCCAAACGAAAGGUUUAGGAUUUGAAAUGGUGGUCAUGAAGCUAGACAAAGCCAAGAGAAAAAAAAAUAAAUAAAUAAAGCAAGAAAUUAAAUGGGCAAAAAAUAUUUAAAAAAUCUUACUUACCAAUGAAGCCACUACCAAGCAGCACAACACAAUGGACACUACAAAUUUCAUUUUUGAGCGUUUCUAAUACCAAUUUUAUCUAAUAAUAAUGACAAUAAUCCAGUUAAUAUUGGUAUAAUUUAUACUUAAAUUUUGUUUAUAAAACGAAUAACGAUUACGGAUAUGUUUGUGUAAUCGAAGAUAAGUUUCUAUUUCCUAAUUAGUUCUGGUACAAUUCGAUUAUUGCAGUCAUCCAAAAAACAUUAUGAAUUAGAAAUAUUUAAAUAUUCAUAUGAAAUGCAUUAAAAUAUUUCUCUGAAAACUGAAGGUUUACAUUUUGUAGAUUGCAAAAAAAAAAACUAUAUGCAUGUCUGCAUCAUUUUCUUAUCAGUAGUAUUUUACAAGUACCUACCUACUACUGUUCGACAAAGAAAAUGCGAGCGAUUCAGAACAUUACUGCGCAAGAUUUACAAACAGAUAAAAAAUACGUGAAAUAUCUACUAUAGAAGCAAAUGAAAAUACUUAGCGUGAAGGAGUUGCUACCAAUGUUCAUUUAGAGAAGGAGAUCCGUCCUGAAAGACUAUCAAGAGAAAGAAAGAGAAAUGCUCGAUCGGAGAUGCUCGACGCUGAAUGGCUAGAUUUUGGGUCUUCACUAGGGCCACGGGUUAAUCGUUUAAUAAAUUAAGCGCUGGUCGCUCAAGUCGACCCCAACCCACCCAUUCGAGUGCUUGCAUCGGCUGAGACAACAGUCUUUUUCAAGAUAGUUGUCAAAGAAAUGUCAUUCAGUGGGGCAGCCAAAAUAACCCAGGCUCUGAAGGGAGGUAAUCUGGACCCACUUGCUGCCAUGCUGAAAUCUAUGCAGGAUAACAUGCUGCAAUUCAUGCUCAACAUGCAGCAGAAGUUUGUCCAGCUUCUCCCCAAGAUGAUGUCAUCCAAAGUCCAACAGCUGAGGAAUCACAGAACUUGAUAGGAUACUGAAAGCCUAUUAUUUAAAGAUUGCGACCAUUAACAUCAACUCAAUAUUGCACAAAAAGAUUGAGUUCCUAAGAUUCGCGGAAAACUUUAAAGUUGAUGUUCUCCUGGUCCUAGGAUCGGUAUACACCAGCCCAUCAAAAAAUCUAACUCAGUCAAUUUCUGCAAUAUUUGAUGUUGAUGAUCGCAUUCUUAUGGAGGCAAUCUGAACGCGAAAUCUAGAGAUUGGGCUGCAGGGCUACAAACACAAGCGGUGUCUUUUCGAACAAUCUUGCGGACACCUUCAAUUUCACCAUUAUUUCGCCUCACGAACCCACACAUUUUUCUGCUCGAGGGCUCCCCGAAAUUCGGGACGUUUUCGUCGCAAAAAGCAGCAAUCUCAUCUCAGAGUCCACCGUCAUCGACGAGUUGAUCUCCGAUCAUCUCCUAGUGUUCGUCGAGUAUGGAAACCCAAACCUUGCCUCACAAGGCCUCAUAGAAAUUAAUCACGUAGAUUGGGCUCGAUACCGAGGACUGCUGGGGAACGUCGAGGCCAUCUCACAAUACAACGAAAAUUUUAGAAGGCACAAGCCAAAAUUUCAGCGGACAACAACUCCGCUUAUAAAACAGCCAAACAUUUAAUUACAGGCGCCCGUCGUCCGCUUCCAAAUCUGGAAGUGGACGACCGGAUUGUGUGCCUUCCGAGCGAGAAGGCCGAUUUGCUUGCCUCCAAUUUCCUAAUCCAGAUCAGUGAAGACCCAGUGCAGAACCUCGGAAAGGAAAACUCAGUGGAUGCAACAUACAAUAUUUACGAGGGCAUGCCUAUCAACCCUGACCAUCACCUUGUCACCGUCGCCGAGGUGAGAAGUAUCCUUCCAGAAUUGAACGUCAAAAAAGUCCUAGGUCUGAAUGCUGUUCCCAACAAAGCCCUGAAAAACGUCCCAGAAAGAGUCAAAAUCAUUUUCUGCCAUCAUAUAGCCAACGCUUCCUUUUCGCUCGGCCACUUUCCCCUUGCGUGGAAGGACGCUAAGGUCAUUCUGAUAAGGCAGAGAAGUGAAAAUCCAAAACACAUAUCUCCCUAUAGACCCAUUAGUCUCCUUUCGAACAUUGGCAAGGUGGUCGAAAAGGUCAUUCUGGGACGUUUACAGAAGCACGUUGAAAUAAACAAUCUCCUUCUCCCCGAACAACUGGGAUUGGUCUCUGGAUAGGGAACAGUAAACCAGACCACACGCAUGGCUUCGCAAAUUCUGGAGGGAUUCAAUAGGAGGCACCACACCAUCUAUUUGGACGAGAGUAGCCGGUAGGCCAAUAAACUGGUUCAGUAAAGUGAAGUACCUGGACCUAAUCUUCGACAGACAACACGGUAGCAAUUGUGGCGAAGGCAAAGGCACAAAUCAUUUGUUUAUACCCCAUUCUUAACCAAAAAUACCCUUCUUUCAAUAAAUAAUAAAAUCAUUCUCUAUAAAUCCAUGAUAAGAUCAAUAAUCACCUAUGGGGCGGCGACCCAUAGGCACAAAAUCUAGAAAAUUCAAAACAAAGUUCCAGAGAUCAAAGAUCACGUGGACGCGCCGAUGUACACCCCUACCCAAGAACUCCACGAUGAUCUCCAUAUCGACAUAAUUAAGCAAAUUGUCGCCAAGCUCUUGAUCAAGUACUACCAAAAAAUCGACGUCAGCCUAAACCCUCUCGUCCGUGAGUCUCACACUCGCUCCAGCCCUCAAGACACAUACCGUCUCCCCAGAUACUUUCUAACCCCACAAUAAAACUCACCCUAUUCCCUAAUAUGUCAAUGUUUUUUCCACGAAUUUAGAGGCCCUCCGCCUAAAUUUUCAUUUUCACAUUUUAUUUUAUUUUAUCAUCCAGCUGACAUUAAAAAAUUUAAUAAUGCUCCCUUGAACUGAACCAAACACAGGAAGAGAUCCAAUAUGCUCAAGUCGACCGCCUGGUUUUGACGAAUCAGCGUCCAACGCACUUCAUUAAGUCUGUAGGCUUUAUGAACGGACUAUAGAGAUGUUAGAGUUUCUACAAAAAGUCAUCUUCAGCUGCAGUAUCCUGGUUUUCUAGCCCCAAUUUAUAGCCAUCUUGUAGUAUAAAUUUCACUUCGAUUGAUUACUUGGUUUGAAGUCAGUUAGAAUGAACCGUCUUCGAUAGAACGAGAAUUCUUGAUAUUGAUCAACAAAAGAAACAAAUAAUGGUAUGCUGGAACGAAUCCGCUGCCUCAAAAACUAAUAUCUUCUGCCAUUGAGCACUGGAGAAG